UAUUUCAUUUCCGCUUCAAUAUCUGGCUUCCGACUACUCUCUACAAAAAUACGCGUGCCGAAUCGGAGUCCAUUUCAUUUCAACGUUUCAGCGCCUGGUGAUCUCCGUCGGCGGGAAAAUGAGGAAGGAAGACACUGUGAAGCUGAUCAGCGCAGAGGGCUUCGAAUUCGUGAUCGACAAGAGGGCUGCCAUGGUUUCUCAGACCAUCCGGAACAUGCUCACUUCUCCCGGGAGCUUUGCGGAAAGGGAACAUGGAGAAGUCACUUUCCCGGAGAUAAGCACCACCAUUCUUGAGAAGAUCUGCCAGUAUUUCUACUGGUCUCUUCAAUUUGCGAGUGGGAAGGAUACUGAGUUUCCGAUUGAACCUGAGCUUACUCUGGAGCUGAUGAUGGCUGCUAACUAUCUUCAUACUUGAGGGGAUCACUGUUUUUGCUUCUGGGGUCACAAGUCCCUUUUAAUGUUGGGUCUUUACUGACUAACUGUUCAUUGGAGAUACAACAGGACAGCUGUGUUGCCUCAGAAAGCUUUAAUAUCUGAAGAAUAAUCAGUUUCUUUUAAGUUGUAAUUGUUGCAUUAGAACAAUGUUAAGCAAGGGAUUGAUGUAGCCAAAGUGAAGGCAGUUGCAGGAGUAUGGCAUUGCAAUCGUGACUGACUAACUGAUGAUCAAUUCCUAAAAGAAGAAAGUUGCAACAUAA